UUGAUAAAGAAUCCAUAUUUUAUUUGCUGCAAUUUUAAAUAGUUAUUUAAAUGUUUAUAGUUGUUAAAAAUUUAUGAAUUAUUAAAAAAAUAUAAAAUUAUAUAAUAAAGAUUUGAAAAAAUUGUAAAAAAGAAAUGGGUAAAUCACGUUCAAGAAGCCGUUCGCAUUCUAAAAGGCGUCACCAUAAAAAGCACAGGCGGCACGAUGAUAUAGAAAGAGAUUCAAUUUCAAGAGAACAUUCACACUCACGUAGAUCACAUAAUAGAGCUAGUCGUGAUUCGAAAUCCAGAAAGAGGUCGGUGUCUGAAUCUUCCUCAAAUAGUUCAUUGUAUAAUAGUGAUAUAGAUAGCAGGCAUAGAAAAAAACAUAGAAGUAAAAAAUUAGAUGAAGUUGAAAGAUUGGCUGAAAUGGAACGUCAGAGGAGACAGAAGGAAGCUGAACAAAAGAUAAUUGAAGAAGAAGCAGCACGACGAAUUGAAUUUCUAGUUAAAAAACGUGUAGAAGAAGAAUUAGAAAAAAGACGUGAUGAAAUUGAACAAGAAGUUACAAGGCGUGUUGAAACAGCUAAAAAACAAAUGGAACAAGAAAUGAUGCGUGAAUUAGAAAUAAGACGUGAACAAAUAAGAGAAGAGGAAAGACGACGUGAGGAAGAGGAAAAGAAAAAACGUGAAGAAUUGGAAACAAUAUUAGCAGAAAAUAAUAAAAAAAUAGAAGAAGCUCAAAGGAAACUGGCCGAAGAACGUUUGGCAAUUAUUGAAGAACAAAGAAAAAUGGAUGAAGAAAGACAAAGAAUGCGUAAGGAACAAGAAAAACGUGUUAAAGAAGAACAAAAAAUGAUAUUAGGAAAAAAUAAUUCCAGACCGAAAUUAUCAUUUUCUUUAAAGCCUGGGGUUUCAUAAUUAUUUUGCAAUCAUUUUAAAAAUAACAUUUUUUUCAAUCGAUACGAGAUAAUUUUGAUGACUUAAGUAUGAUAAUUAAGAAGAAGAGUGUGUUUUUUUUUUUUGUUCUAUUCUCUGCAAUACACACACAUCAAUAUUCGGAAAAUAUGAAAAAUAUAAAGAUAAAAAAUGCUAUUCUAAUAUUAAAGAAUAGGAAGUAAUCAAAAAAAAAAUAAUAAUAAUAAAAUUAAUAAGAGUAACGCUUGAUGCCUUUUUUAACGUUCGUAUCUCCAUAAAAUACUAUUUAAAUAAAUAAAGUGUAAGCGAUAAUGUAAAAUACGCAUUAAAUUCUUUUGCAUCUCAAUCGAUAUUGCAGUCAACAAAAGCAUAUAUGCAAUAUUUGCAUUGUGACCGAUAAUACAAAAAAAAAAAAAAACAAAUGUUACGUAAUUAAUAAUGUCAAUUAUUGUCAGUAAUAUUGUUAAUUUUUUUUGGCACCUUUGUUUUAAAAAAAUUUUAACUGUUGAUUUUGUUUUUUUUGUGCAAAAUGGAAUAUUUUGAGGAGGAUAGGUUAAUUUUAUUUAAUGAAUACUAUUUCUAAAAAUAUUCAAAUCAAAAUUUGUAUUCAUGAAUGUUGAUAUACGUAAGUUGAUAUACAUUGUUGAUUGCCGGUUGUUGACCGUCGGAUGCAAUUAUUGUCGACUGAUAUUUGACAUUAUCGAUUAACACCUUUAAUCAUUUUAUUUAAUAAAUGAUUUAUGACUUUUAAAUUUAUUCUAUAUUCUUUUAAUUUUUGAUCGUAAUAAAAAUUAAUUUUUUUAAUUAAAUAAUCUCAUGCCUGUAUAGCUAAAGAUUAAAAAUUUCAUUAUUUCUAUUAAUUUUAAAAAUUGAUUAUGAUUAAAAGUGAGAAUAUUGUGGUAAAAAAUAAGUAAAGCAAAAAAUUUUAAAAUGCGGUAUUAAUAUAAGUAUAUUGGCUUAUUUAUUCCAUAUAUAUCAGAAACUAGGAAAUUUAAUUAAAUCUAUUAAAAUUGAAAAUGAUUUUGAUAUGAAAUUUUAAUAAAUUUUUUCUUCUAUAUUUAGUUCUCUAAACCUCAAAAAAUAAUUAUAUUUUCAUUUACAAUUUAAAUAAUUGUAGUAUAAACUUUAAAAUACUCUUAUUCAUUUAGUGGUUGCAAAUUAACAGGAUAUCAAAGUUAUUAAACAUGCAAAAAAAAAAAAAUGAAAAAAAUAAUUAAAAAACAGAAAAAAAAAACCAGUAAUAGUAAUAAUGAGUGUUUUAUUUUCUUCUAUCGAAGAAAAUUUAUAUUAAAUAAAAAUAAAAAACAAUUUUUCAUAAAUUGAGUAAAAAAUGAAAAAAAAUUAAACAAAAAUAAUUAAAGCAAAAGUAAAAUAGAUAAAGCAAUUUUUUUCUAGAUUUAAAUUGAACAAUAUUACAAAAUCUAUAUUAACUUUAAAAUAUUUAUUUAAAUCGUAUUUUAAAAAUAGUUAAAAAGUUAUAAGACACAAAACAAGAAAAAGAAAUUUUUAAAAAUCAAAUAAUGAAAAUUAAUUUUUUAACUAUAAUCGUUCUCUAUUUUUUUUUUUUAUUUUAAAUUUAAAUCUACAGCGAUAAUAUUUUUAACAUUGAAACUAUCUAGAAAAAUUAAUUAAUUAAACGAUCAGUAGAGAAGUGCUUCCAGUGCUUGUUUUUUGUUUCCUUUCUUAAAUACCGAAAUUUUUAUUUUUAAUUUAACAAUAAUUUUAUAAAAUUUUAUUUAAAAUUUUCCUUUUUAAAUCUUUCAAUAAUAUUUUUUUUUUAAUUAAACACCAAUUUUACUAUUGAUUCUAAUUCUACAAUAAGAAAAUUUUAUUAUAUUUUUAAUUUAUCUAUAUAUAUAUAUAUAUAUAUAUAUAUAUAAUAAAUAUAUAUUUAAUAAUAUAAUUGUGAUGCAUAAAUAUUUUCUUUUUAUAUUAAAUUUUAAUAUAAAUAUGUUCUAUAUUUGUAUAUAUAUAUAUACAAAAUAUGUUUAAUAAUAAAUAAUAUUUGAUUUUUUUUUCAGUUAAUUUAACAAAACUAAUUAAAAACAAAAAAAUAAUAUAUAUUAUAUUAAUUAGUUUUAAAAAUUUUUGAAAAAAUAAGUAGGUU